UAGCUUCCGAAAGCGCUAGACCGCAGCCAGACAGCGAGGGCUAUGGUAUCCCCACAAACCUUGGGAGGCUCCAGUGAGAAGAGGAAACAGACCCGCCAUUUUCCUGCAAGCCUCUAGUCCAUUUAAACUCAGUAGGGGGAGGCGAGAAAAAAAGAGCAGGAGACACAGAAGGAAAGAGUGACUGAGGGGGGGGGGCGAAAGAGCGAGGGAGCGAGAGAGAGAGAGGUACACGGUGAGGAGGGAGUAAGAAAGAGAGGACCGCUUAUAACUGUAAAAUAGGAAAAGGAAACUCUGGAUUUGGACCGUUUGCAGUGAGAAUUUGCACCUUGUCCACAUCGGAGCUUCUUGGAUUGGGCUGUGGAUACCCGUUAGCUAAUUGUGUGUUUUUUUUUUUGUUUUUGUUUUUUUUUUUUUUUUUUUUUCUUCUUCUUUCUUUUUUGAAUCUUUCUCACUGGCUUCGCCGUUCACGCGCCGGGCUGGGUUUUCUUCGCCCCAUCCUCCACUGUUUAUUUUGUGUCAGGUGUCGGGACGUCGGAAGCCGGAGGGUAAAGCACAAUACCAGCUAUUUUACAUUGGGAAGACAUAUUGUUGUUCUUGUCGGCCACCUACGAAGAGCGGAGAUGUCUGGACAAAGCAUAACGGACCGGAUAACGGCGGCGCAGCACAGCGUCACCGGCUCCGCCGUGUCCAAGACCGUGUGCAAGGCCACCACGCAUGAGAUCAUGGGCCCCAAGAAGAAGCACUUAGACUACCUGAUCCAGUGUACCAAUGAGAUGAAUGUGAACAUCCCCCAGCUGGCAGACACUUUGUUUGAGAGGACCACUAAUACCAGCUGGGUGGUGGUCUUCAAGUCCCUUAUCACCACACACCAUCUCAUGGUCUACGGCAAUGAGCGAUUUAUACAGUACUUGGCUUCAAGGAACACGUUAUUCAACUUGAGCAAUUUUUUGGACAAAAGUGGGCUACAGGGUUAUGACAUGUCCACUUUCAUCAGGAGGUAUAGCCGAUAUCUGAAUGAGAAAGCUGUGUCCUACAGACAAGUGGCUUUUGACUUCACAAAAGUAAAAAGAGGAGCUGACGGUGUGAUGAGGACCAUGAACACAGAAAAGCUUCUGAAAACCAUACCUAUAAUUCAGAAUCAGAUGGAUGCUCUGCUUGAUUUCAACGUCAAUGCCAAUGAACUCACAAACGGAGUCAUCAACGCUGCCUUCAUGCUCCUAUUCAAAGAUGCCAUCCGUCUUUUUGCUGCUUAUAAUGAAGGGAUCAUCAACCUGUUAGAGAAAUAUUUUGACAUGAAGAAAACUCAGUGUAAAGAAGGCCUUGACAUCUACAAGAAAUUCCUCACCCGAAUGACAAGAAUCUCAGAGUUCCUGAAGGUCGCAGAGCAAGUGGGAAUUGACCGAGGGGACAUUCCUGACUUGUCUCAGUUUACGGUUUGUGCCCCAAGCAGCCUGCUGGAUGCUUUAGAGCAGCACUUGGCUUCUCUGGAAGGGAAAAAGGUCAAGGAUUCCACAGCAGCGAGCAGAGCCAGCACUCUGUCCAACGCAGUCUCCUCACUGGCAAACACUGGCAUAUCUUUCACCAAAGUGGACGAAAGGGAAAAGCAGGCCGCCCUGGAGGAGGAGCAAGCACGCUUGAAAGCGUUGAAGGAGCAGCGGCUGAAGGAGCUCUCCAAGAAGCCUUCCUCUUCUGCCACCACGGCAGCAUCUCCCGUCUCUACUACUGGGGGCACCAUCAGCACUGCCCCUGCGAUCGACCUCUUUUCCACACCCAGCUCCACAAAUAGCACUUCAAAAGUGCAGAGUGACCUGCUUGACCUGCAACCAACGUUUCAGCCAUCAAUGCCAAUCUCCACGGGGCUGCCUGUAGCCAACACAUGGGCAGAUCCUUUCACUUCUACUGAAGCUGUCGAUGACUCCAUUCCAAACUUAAACCCUUUCCUUACAAAACCUGUUGUCGAUGCUGUCCAUCUUCCUGUUGUGUCCUCAGACGGUGUUAGUUUUUCUUCUAGGACACCCAGUCAUGAAAUGUUUGGUGAUCAUUACAAUCCCUUUAUUGAUUCAAGCUCUUCUGUUGCAACCAGUUACGAACACACAGUUCGGAUAGAGCAGUUUAUCUCAGAUUCCUUCUGUGGUCCAGCACCCUACCCUAACGCCCCUCUCUUCCACUCUGAGCCCUCUGCUGUAGCUGGCCUAUUUGGAGGGUUCUCGGCAUCUCCGGCUCCUCAACCACAGACCUCAAGAGGCCUUAACGUCGACUUUGACUCUGUGUUUGGCAAUAAGUCAGCCUCUUCUAACAAUCCUGAUUCUGCUGAUGAUGUUUUAGGUGGAAUCCUGAAACCUACAGUGGCCUCCCCCAAUCAGGGUCUUCCCCCCAGCAGUCAGCAGCCGGGGAAGCUGGUGUCGGACGACCUGGACUCCUCCCUGGCCAACCUUGUGGGCAACCUAGGAAUUGGAAAUGGUACCACGAAAAAUGACAUUCAUUGGAGUCAGCCUGGGGAGAAGAAGCUGACUGGUGGAACCAACUGGCAACCAAAGACUGCUCCAACCACUACAUGGAACCCUGCCACCAUGAAUGGCAUGCAUUUCCCACAAUACGCACCCUCGGUCAUGGCCUUCCCUGCCACGACUCCAACAGGAAUGAUGGCGUACGGCAUGCCACCCCAGAUGGGCUCCAUGGCAAUGAUGACACAGCCCACAAUGAUGUAUACGCAGCCAGUCAUGAGGCCACCCAACCCCUUUGGCCCAGUCCCUGGUGCACAGCCCUCUGCAGCUUCUAGUCCCUCCAGUCAGAGUCCUCUCAGAGCUCCAGGAAAGGACCCCUUUGCACAGCUUUCUCUCAAGGAUUUCUUGUAGAACAUCUUUAGAUGCAGUUCAUGUAACCUGAAGGGAGUCGUCACUUUCCAAGGAUGAAGCACUAAGCAGCAAAACUUUUCUCCUUCAAAGCAAAAUCCACUUUGCUGUUGUACUCUUCAUUGAGAAUAUCAGCCCCAUAAGGACUUGUGAAGAAAUCAGAGGGGUAACAGUAGGGGAAAUCCACGUGGAAUCAGCGUCGCCGCGGACGUGACGCCUCUUUUGUAAUUUGUCUAACAAGGUAACAGUGUGCGCUACUGUUAUUACCCGUUUUGGGAUCACUUAUCCUAUUUGACGUCUGUAAAGGUAAAUAUGGGUACCGAGGGGUGGGUGGGGUUAGACUUUGCUGUUAUGUAUCAGAAAAUAGUUGGUUGUAACACAAAUGGCUUCAUGUUUCUUGGGG